AUUCAAAGUCGCCGCAGAUGCCAACCAAGGGGGCCUUUGAGCGGUUGAAUUUAAUAUCGAUAUCGACGCGGAAAAGUCAAAACCAGCUUAGCUUGACGGCUGACUAAGCAGCCGCAUCAGCUUCUUCCUUUUCGAUGCUUGAAACCAGCAAAGCAAGACGAGAACGACAACGACGACGACAGCAGAGAAAACAGACUGUCAUACAACACCUGGAUAACUAGCUAUAGAGUACAGUCUUCCAGCUGAGAGAAGAGCUCUGCCGCCGUUUCAUAUCCACGGGCUCGCAUGUCUCCCUGAGCUGGCCUGGGCCAAAAAGUCACAAUACUGCAUCCAUGUAAGCCAUUCCUCCUCCCUGGACACUGACGAGGAAGACCACCGCCAGCUCACGGCUUGACGCAGCAGAUCAGCGACGAUGUGGUCUCAAAGCAAGUCGCAUCUCUUGCUAUCGCUCUUUGCCCCGAUCCUUUCUUCGGCCUUCUAUCUACCUGGCGUAGCUCCCACCUCCUACGACGUCGGGCAGAAAGUUCCACUUCAUGUCAAUCAUCUUACACCAACGGUGGCCCAGGAUGCCCAGGUUCACUCCGUCUUCUCUUACGACUACUACCACCCGUCAUUCCACUUCUGCAGGCCCAAGGAUGGGCCUAAGGAUGUCCGGGAGUCCCUAGGCAGCAUCAUCUUUGGCGAUCGCAUCCUCACCUCACCCUUUGAGCUACACAUGGCCAAGAACGAGUCUUGCAAGCUGCUCUGUCCGGAGGUCAAGUUUGACGGGCUUAGCAGCCAAUUCGUGAAUCACAGAAUAUGGCAGGGCUACAACAUCAACUGGCUCAUCGACGGCCUCCCUGCUGCCCAGAUAAAUACCGAUGACCAAACAAACGAGCAGUUCUACAGCCCCGGUUUCCUCCUAGGUGAUAUUAAUAGCGAUGGACAAUCGUUCCUUCACAACCACUACGAUAUUGAUAUUGAGUACCAUCGCGUUGCCGGGCUCGGGACCAAGGAGAAGUACCGCGUCGUUGGGGUUCUCGUGCACCCGUCGUCCAGGAAGACAAAGGUGUCUGGGGACAAGGCUGAUUGCUCUGGCAAAGACAUUGUGCUUCUGGAUGGCACGGCGGAUACCUCUGUAGCUUGGACGUAUAGUGUCACUUGGCGUGAGUCUUCCACCGCUUGGGCGACUAGAUGGGAUAAAUAUCUACAUGUCUACGAUCCCAGUGUUCACUGGUACUGGCUUAUCUACUCCGCCGUCUUCGUCAUCUUGCUCGUUACCCUGGUGAGCAGCAUCUUGCUCCGGGCCUUGCGGAAGGACAUUGCGCGAUACAAUCGUCUGAGUAUGAUCAACAUGGAUGACUUCAAUGACAAUGGUGACUCUGUGGAAGAUGGCAUACAGGAAGAUUCAGGCUGGAAGCUAGUCCAUGGUGAUGUGUUCCGCACUCCAAACCACCCGCUUUUGCUCAGCUUGCUGGUAGGAAAUGGUGCUCAGCUCUUCGUCAUGACCGGCAUCACCGUUGUAUUCGCACUCUUUGGCCUCCUCUCACCCUCCAACAGAGGGUUCUUGGGAACUGUUAUUUUAAUAUUAUAUACUCUCCUUGGCUUCGUCGGUGGCUACGUCGCCGCAAGAACGUACAAGUCAUUUGGAGGUGACUCUUGGAAGCGAUUGAUCAUCCUCACCCCAGUACUCGUCCCAGCCAUCGCGUUCUCUACCUUCUUCUUGCUCAAUCUUUUUGUUUGGGCUAAAGGAUCCAGUGGUGCUGUUCCGUUUACCACUAUGCUUCUCACUGUUAUCAUCUGGUUUGUUAUCAGCGUGCCGCUUAGCGUUGCAGGCAGCUGGAUCGGACUUAAGCUACCCGUAAGCAUACCUGCGUUCUAACCCAGUGUGUUUUAAAUAUUAACGCUCCCAUAGGGCUUUGAAGGACCUACCAGAACCAACCAGAUCCCCCGUCAGAUUCCUCCAGCAGUCUGGUCUCUCCGCCCUCUCCCAUCAACACUGAUAACUGGUAUGCUCCCAUUCGCCACUAUUUUUGUGGAGCUAUACUUUAUCAUGACUUCCCUCUGGACAAACAAAAUCUAUUACAUGUUUGGUUUCCUCUUUCUGUGCUACGGACUCAUGAUUAUGACUUCUGCAACCACCACCAUACUCCUCGUCUACUUCUUGCUCUGUGCAGAAGACUACCGAUGGCACUGGAGGGCAUUUAUUGGUGCCGGUAUGACCGGCGGAUAUGUCUUCCUUAACGCACUUAUCUUCUGGGCAACCCGCGUCAGUUUUGGCGGUGUGACUGGUGCUGUUCUAUAUCUAGGCUACUCUGCACUCUUGGCUUUCCUAGUCUUUGUAUUAACAGGCACCAUUGGGUUAUUUGCCAGCUGGGCCUUUGUCCAUAGGAUCUAUGGCUCCAUCAAGGUCGACUAAAAUCAUUCAUUGUUACAUCAUUUUUAUUCGUCAAUGCUGUGAUUCAGUCCCGUACUAUACUUCUCGGGGGUCAUUCCUAGCGCCCCCCUUUUUUCUUUUUCUCCCCCAUCCUAGACUGGAUUUUAUCGUCUCUGUAUUACCAUCCCACCGUUUGCCCUCUUAAUGACCUAAAACUGGCAGGUUGGCUUUAGAUCUACGAUUGCUAUCUUGAUGAAAAAAUAAAAUCUUGUAUACACUUUUUUUUCCCUUACACUUGCAUCUCCAUUCCUGAUAUCCCGGGAAUUGGCCAAACGGCGUAGUUACACAGGCAAGAGAUAUGAUAGCACAACACAGCAAACGGUAAAACGGAAAGGAUAACUAUAGGAUAUAAGGAAGUACCAAGCAAACACAAGCCUGGAUCAUCGAACGGCAUCAGCGAGAUGUGGACCGUCUAGUAAAAUAACAGUAAUAACAUGAGUGGGGAAACAAAAAUAAUGACAGCAUGACUGAGGGUAGUUAGUUAGUUGACUGUGACGAUAAGGCAGGAGGGAAUAAAAAUAAGUUUAUAAAAAAGAGAGAAAAAGAAAACGCCGCC